AUGACGGGGAAGACAUGCAUCUACAGGAUGCUCACUUUGUUUCAGAGUGUCAUGGCUCGCAAGCCACUGAUGUUGUCGGUAUUUGUGUUAGUUUUCUGGGUCAUUCACUUUGCUUCAAAAGAGCACAUAAAGUUCUCCAGCUUGAGAAAUCCUGCCCCCUUAAACCACUGGAGUAUUUUCAGAAAGUUUUUAUACUCUGAGACACUACUAAAUCCAGUGGUUCCAGUAUCAGAGACUGAGGUGAAAGUAAAAGAAAUUUUAGGGAAAUUAGAUCGGCUGAUCCCAUCGAGACCAUUCACCAAUGAGAACACCACCACCAGUGCCACACACAGCACAGCCACCAUCCUCAACCAGCAAGACUCAUACUGCACAGGGGACCAGCUGCACAUCCUGCUGGAGAUGAGGGACCACUUGGGUCACAGGAAGGAGUACGGUGGGGAUUUCCUGAGGGCCAGGAUGUCCUCCCCAGCCCUGAAGGCAGGAGCUUCAGGAAAGGUGACCGACUUCAACAAUGGCACCUACCUUGUCAGCUUCACUCUGUUCUGGGAGGGCCAGGUCUCUCUCUCUGUGCUGCUCAUCCACCCCAGUGAAGGGGCAGCAGCUCUGUGGCGGGCAAGGAACCAAGGCUAUGACAGAGUGGUCUUCAUGGGCCAGUUUGCUAAUGGCACCUCUCAGGUCUCCUCUGAAUGUGGCCUGACCCUAAACACAAGCAAAGAACUCUGCCGGUACCUGGAUGUUCGUGACCAAGAAGCCUUCUACUGUGAGAGGCCUCAACGUGUUCCCUGUGAGGCUCUGACCCACAUGAGGACCAGAAAUAGAGCUAUUUCCUAUCUUACCAAGGAAGAAUGGAGCCUUUUCCACAAAUCUAAUGUUGGAGUUGAAAUGAUGAAGAACUUUACGUCCAUCAAGGUCUUAUCAUGUAACAAGAGUGAGAACAUGGAAGAGAAAUGUCAGAUUGGAAUGAAGAGUCCUUUCCCUAGUGGUUAUGCUCUGAAAGGAAAGUGGAACACGGCAUUUUGCAAGCAGAUCAAGUUCAGUGAAAUUAAAAAUAUAAAUGACUGCUUGGAAAGAAAACACAUCUACCUCAUGGGUGAUUCAACACUGCGUCAGUGGAUAUACUACUUUAAGAAAGUUGUGACAACCUUGAGAAAUUUUGAUCGCGACAAAAUUGGGAUUUUUGAAACACAUGUUCUUUUGGAUAUUGAAAGACAUAUUUUGAUACAGUGGAAAAAGCACAGCUAUCCAUUUGUAACCCAAAAGCUUUUCUCAGUGAAAGAUGAAAACUAUAUUCCACGAGAAAUUGACCGUGUAGCAGGAGACAAAGACACGGUCAUUGUCAUUACCCUUGGCCAACACUUCAGACCUUUUCCCAUUGAGAUUUUCAUCCGCAGAACCAUCAAUAUUAAAAAGGCCAUUCAACGCCUGUUCUUGAGAAGCCCAGACACCAAAGUGAUCAUUAAAACUGAGAACACCAGAGAGCUCCACCCAAAUACAGAGAUGUUCAGUGACUUUCAUGGUUAUAUUCAGAACCUUGUCAUGAGGGAUGUUUUUGUGGAUCUCAAUGUGGGUAUUAUUGAUGCCUGGGACAUGACAGUUGCGUAUUGCACCAAUAGUAUCCAUCCACCUGAUUAUGUGAUUGGAAGUCAAAUUGAUAUGUUCUUAAACUACAUUUGCUAG